AUCCUGCGAUCGAAUCACACACGGACAACUGUUUGAGAGAAUAAACCCGUCCCCUUGGAACAGAGAAGCUCCACAUGCAGGAUUUUAGAGAGAGAGAGACAAGAAUUUAGAGAGAGAGAGAAGGAUUUUUGCAACAUAACAGUUGGAAAAAGAGAAGCGCCCAGGCAAAUGGGAGACGAUCAGGUGAAAUCAGAGGCUCUGCAAAUCCUCGGCCUUUUCCAGAUUCUCCCUCGACUUGUUGUAUUUGACCUAGACUACACUCUCUGGCCUUUUUACUGCGAAUGCCGAUCACGUAGAGAAAUGCCAUCUUUAUAUCCACAUGCCAAGGGCAUACUUUAUGCACUCAAAGAUAAGGGCAUCAAAGUAGCAAUUGCUUCUCGCUCCCCUACAUCGGAUAUUGCAAAAACAUUCUUCAAAAAAUUGGAGAUUGAAUCAAUGUUCGUGGCAAAGGAGAUCUUCUCAAGUUGGACUCACAAAACUGAGCAUUUCCAGAGAAUCAAACAGAGGACAGGGAUCCCCUAUAAUUCAAUGCUAUUUUUUGAUGAUGAGGACCGAAACAUUGAGUCGGUAUCGGGUAUGGGAGUAACAAGCAUCCUUGUGGAGAAUGGGGUUAACCUCGAUGCUUUCAAGCUUGGCCUUACCGAAUUUGUGCAAAAUUCUGUUCCAUCAACCAGUGGGAAAGAAAAGCCAACAUAGACUGAUUUGGAGUUUAUUCCUACGUAUUGAAACAUUUAUUUUUAUAUUUUUAGACAAUCAAUUCCAGAUUGAAGCUCACUUCAAAUAAUGAAUUACGGGUGCUUCACACUCCAUUUUUCAUUUGCCAACCCCCCCACCCUAUGCAUUAUUAAACAAGUUAGAGAACAAUGAAUAUGGAUUAGGGUAAUUUCUGAUGUUUUAAACAUGUAAUCUUUUAACUGUCGAUCUCCUUCAUUUGUGAUCUCUCUGUGCCCUGCAUUAAUUGUGAAGAUAAACAGUCAAGUGCAAGGCCUGA